UUGAAUGCCAGCCCCCUUACUCGAAAUUCAGGAAUGGAUACCCAAAAGAAGGGAAUGCGAGUUUGGACCUCAAGGACUGCAGUAGAAGUACAAAUAUGGCACUGAAAUUCGGGAAUUAUACGUCGGAUUGCUUACCUUUGUUUCUUGGUACGAACUCAAAGCAAGAAAUAUUUAAACAAAGGACAUCAAGUAGACAAAGAACUCACCAAGUCUUUUAAAGCUAUUUCGGAUUACUCUCUGGACUUUUUAGAAUCUAUUCAUCAUAAUGCUUUGGCUAUCAUUACUUUCGCUGGUGAUUCAUUUACUUAUUCAAGCAGUCAGCGCGGACAAAGAGGUCUUUGCCCAUUUCAUUGUGGGAAACACCUAUCCUUACACUGUUUCGGAUUGGCAAGCAGACAUUCAGGAAGCUGUUGCAACUGGUAUUGAUGGCUUCGCCCUGAACAUGGGAUCUGAUGCUUGGCAGGUCGAGCGCAUAGACGAUGCUUUCACGGCUGCUGCUUCCGUGUCAAGCAGUUUCAAACUCUUCAUUUCUUUCGACAUGUCCGUCAUCAGCGCGGACGCUACUUUCAUUGAGGGUGUUGUGCGUAGAUUUGCCAACAAACCAAACCAAUUCUGGUACAACGGAAAGAUCUUUGUUUCUACUUUUGCUGGUGAGGUUGAUACUUUUGGAUAUACGGAUGAAAGUUCUGGUUGGCAAAAUGCCAUUAAGGAACCACUUGCUGAAGCGGGUUACCCGAUAUUUUUCGCCCCAAGCUGGACUUCUUUGGGCACUGGUGCUCUUAAUCUUGCCGUCACUGACGGUUUCUUCUCGUGGAACUCUUGGCCCACUUCUUCAAACGACAUGAACGAUAAUGACGAUAUUUCAUACCAACAACUGGCUAAUUCUCUCGGAAAGCUGUACAUUGCUCCUGUCUCUCCUUGGUUUUUCACACAUUUGAGUUACAAGAAUUUUGUAUACAAGAGUGAUUGGUUAAUCAUGGAUCGCUGGCAGGAAAUGCUUGACAUGCAGCCUGACAUGAUUGAGGUGAUCAGUUGGAAUGACUUUGGCGAAUCGCAUUACAUGGGUUCCAUUCGUGGUGCCUUGCCUGCUGGUUCUGAUGUGUAUGUUGAUGGUUUCGAUCACAAGGCUUGGCGCUAUUUGAUGUAUCCCUACAUUGAUGCGUACAAAAAUGGUCUUUCUGCACCUCAGGUCACAUUUGAAUCGCUUUUUUACUGGUAUCGUCCUACUUCAAAAUACGCCGUUGCUACUUCGGACUCGUAUGGCUAUCCUUCUGGAGGUGAUUACAUGGAGGACAACAUUUAUGUUGCUGUUUAUUUGCUGGAUGCUGCUGAGGUUACUAUUACAUCGGGUUCUAAUUCACAGACUUUCUCUGGUGUCGCAGGAGUUAAUCGGUUCUCUAUUGCAUUUGAGACCGACACGACUCCUUCAUUUUCUGUUUCUCGUGGUGGUCUUGUUAUGGCUUCUGGUACUGGACCGGAAAUUACUUCUUCCACUGCUUCUUACAACUUUAAUGCUUACACGGGCCACUUGUUUUUCUAGACGUUUAAGGUAUUCUUUUGGAGAGUCGUGCUGGCAUGGCUUUCUAUUGGUUCUACAUGACAACUUUCAAAAUGGAAGAAGCUGGGCUUCCUUCCUAUUCGGGUCUUAACGGAGUUAAGAAUUGGCAUUUUUUCACUGAUUUUAGAAUCUUUUUCCCUAUGGAUUUUGAAGUCUAUAUUGCGAUGGCUGAGCUUUUUCAUUGAGUCCAUAUGGUCCAUGUGUUUUCAUUUUAUUUAAUUUUUACUAAUAAUAUUUGAAUUUUGGG